AUUAUCCACUAGCGCUUUCCCUUCGCUUUCCAAGUACUCAUCAGCCCUCAAGUAACAUUUCGGACCAUUUGCAGUUAGCAUUCUCUUGAGCAAUCGCUCGGGCUUUCUUCGAUUUGGUUACUUUGCGCCCCUGGCACGCGGCUUCGGACAGACCCGCUGCCAUCCCAACAGACUGACACUCAUGGUUUCCAUCGUCGCAUGAAUUGUUCCAUGAUUAAGGUCAUUGAUCGACACUGCUGCACCACCUCAUAGCUCUUCAGCUGUCGUUGUUGUUUUCGUUUCUUUUGAGAGUUGCAUGACUAUUGCCAACAUGCCUCUGCACCCGAAGCACAAGAAGCGUCCUCAGCAAGAUGAGGAAGCUCUUCCAGAUGACCUGAUUGCCGCGAUAUCGGGCAGUGAUUUCGAGUCUCUUUGUGAGAAGCAGAUGGGCAAGGAAUAUCCAGGCUGGAAGACUGAACUGGUUCAGCUCGCCCUCAAGGACGAGGAGAUCUUGAACAAGUUCGCUGAUUACAAAAUGCGUUCUGCGAUCAAAUCUCGGGAAUCUGCCUCCAAGCAGCUAGAUGCAGAUGAGAUAGCAUUCUAUGAGGAGCUGAAGAAGAAGGGAGAGUUUCACAAGAUACGAGCAUCAAAUGAGGUGUCCGACGGCAGUACCACCAUCCAUUCAGAGAAAGUUCGUGACGCAAUCGAAUCCAUGGAUACGUACACGGAUGCAAUCCAGCAGCACUCAGAGGCCCUACGCACCCAUAUGGCACGGCUUUCGGCUUCAACCCACGCCCGCGACGCUUGGACCGACGAACAAGGCACCGCACAACGAGCCAAAGAGCAAGGCUUGUUGGAGACCAAGGCAGAGCUUGAUGAAGGGAUUCAGCAACUCGAUGCUAUGAUUAAGGAUCAGGCUCAAGAUGCUCUAAGGUUCAUCCAACAUAUCGGUCACAUGCUCCCAGUACCCAAGGACUUGAAAUUCGAAGACUCUGGUGACUCUGAAGGUCGGGAAGAACCUUGGGAGUAUGAUCACCUGCUGGAAAAACUUCAGGCUCUUGGUUGGGAGCUCUCGUUCGACGAUCAGCAUAAAAAGAACGAUAUAAUCGUUACAAUUGCACGCCGCUACGCCAACGAGGAGGUGUACAUGCUUGUGCAAGGAUGCAGAGCCUCGCUGGAUUCUGCAUUCCGCGAGGCCACGACCACAUACGCCGACACUUCACCCGCCGUUUCUGGGUACAAGCGUGCUGUAGAAGCUGAGAUGAUCGCCAUCAUCGGAGAGAUCCAGUCGCUGUGGGAUGAAGUCGUCCCAGUCGCUCAUAUGGCGGUGGAAAAGCAAUUGUUAGAGCCAAUCCUGAGACGAAUAGAUGUCACAACAGAGAGAGCGAUAACCUUCCAGGGAAUUGUCUCGGUCUACAUUGGUGCAUGUCUGCACUACAUGAAUGCACGCCUCGAAAUGCUGGUGAAACGUCUUGAAACUGCUGUCUAUCAUCACCACAGUCUCUUAAUUGCUUUCCAACACGCCAAGAACGCAACGCAGGGCAAAUCAACUAAUGGCGGCAAAGUGGCCAAGACACAUGAAGCCCAAGAUGCAAUGACCAGUGGAAGUCGACAACCAUCUGCUCUCGCCAUGGUUGAAAAGUCCCUGAAGACUUUUGGGAACGUUCCAGUGGAUGUAUCAUUCUUCAACCCUCACACAACACCCGAGAAGCAAACGACGAAGCUUAAUGAGUUCGUGCAACAGCGUUCUGAAAAGGGUGAUGAUGCCUUCUUAAAAAUCCACCAACUUUUUGAGUCGGCCAUCAAGGCCAAACUGCACGAAAGCGAGCUUGGCCGCCAGAUGCUCGUGGACUGUAUCGUGGCUGACAGUCUCAUCGACUACGAGGCCCGCAGCGGAGCUAUGCGCGAUGGCAUCGCUGAGGAGUCUAUCAAUGCUCUCCGAUCGCACGGCGAUGAAAUCGGACAAUUGCUAGGAAAGCUGAAGUUGCCGUUUUCAAUUGAUAUUCACGGCUCUCACGAACAGAGACCACCCACCACCCUCUGGCCAAUGCUUAAGAGGCUGCUGCAAACACUCGAGGGCGAGAAUAGCCAGACCUGCUACAGACCUGGCUCUACCAGGGAAGACACAUCAUGUUUGAGAUGCAUCGAGACCCUGAAACUUGUGGACAUGGUACGCACUUGGGGUGAGCUUCCCGAGUUCAAGAGCACUUACCCAUCGACCAACCCCUCUAGGAAUUCCCGAUGUGCACGGAAUUGAGGAUAUGACUUACUGGCAAGGUGCCUUGGUAGUGAGACAUCUAGGGCCAAGGCUAUAGCUACUAUAAGGUACAGAGAAGCACAGUUGUUGGAGUACACGGGAUCCAGCAUGUUCGUGAUGGUCGUCUGCGUUGGCGAUCGGUUGACAACUUGGUCCCCUUUUGUCGAGAUACCCCUUUUCUUGUAUUCCGCAACGUUGGUAAGACAUUAGGAUCCCGAGUACACGACUGUAAUUAGGAUUGUGUGGUAGGACGUAGGAUCAAGAAUUGCUGUAUUAAAUGAUUAUUACAGUACCCUGGUGCCGUA